UCCUCCUCACCGUCUUCCGUCCGUUCCCUGAGAUUCCUUCCCCCUACUCCCUCAACGUUUCCCCCAUUUCCUCCAAGAAUCAAGGAAACGGCCAACCACCACCACGAACCAGCACUGCGGGAAGGGAAGAGAAUGCUGGAGGGCAAGGCGGUGGUGGAGGACACGGACAUGCCGGCGCGGAUGCAGGCGGCGGCGACGUCGGCCGCCUCCCGCGCGCUCGACCUCUUCGACGUCGACGACUGCCGCGCCAUCGCCGGCCACAUCAAGACGGAGUUCGACCGGCGGUACGGCGUGGGGUGGCAGUGCGUGGUGGGCGCCAGCUUCGGGUGCUUCUUCACCCACUCCAGCGGCACCUUCAUCUACUUCUCCCUCGAGCGCCUCACCUUCCUCCUCUUCAAGGCCGCCGCCGUCGCCGCCGCGGCCUCGUGUGAUACGUCGGGGAUGUCUUGAUGUGCUCCUGUCCAGCUCCAAUCCUGAAGAGUCUCAUUCGCCGUCGGCGGCGACGAGGGAUUCGGUCGGCCUCGGGACGUGGAAGGGCAAGGGCUCGUUCAGAAUCAGAAUCACAGUUCAUACCUGUAUGCUCUGCUGAACUCAAACAUGCCAGAUUUUGUACAUAGACCAUGGAUGCUCACUAAAUUGCAGAAUGUUGCCAGUCUCCUCUGUGUUAUCUUCGUUCUACAUUUCGUUCGGUUGAUCGUAACAUCCAGUUCAGUUUGUUGCGCCCGAAAUUAGGAAAUACAGUACAAUAUGUCUGUCCUCGAUCGCGAUUCAAAUCAGCCAAUGUGGUUGCCGCUGUAUUUUUCUAAUGAAUAAUCAGUAGGUCAG